UUAAAUUCAAGUACAUACAAUAAUAUCGAAGCAGUCGGUCUGGAUUUUGCGAAUUGCAAAUGACUUUAAGGGCCAUCGCGCGGCUCCACUGCAGACGAGCACGGUUUGGCCGCAGGUCGCGGCUGCUUACUUCAGGUGCGGUGCCCACCAUGGUCGACGCAACGGGUUCGACUGCACAGGAAGGGGGCCAGAACCAGAGUCAGGACCAGAGCCAAAGCCAGAGCUGUAGAAUCAUUUUUGGUAUCUCGAUGGAUCGACCCUCAUCGCUGGUCUCUUCUGCUCAUCGACGCUACUCGACCUUUGAGAAGACGCAUACGGAAAUUCUAUCGAAACUAUUUCCGCAAACCUCGAUCCAGCCGCAGGAUGAGGAAAGCCAGCGACGCCAGAAGCGCGAAGAGGAGGAGGAGAAGGCGGAGUUCGAGCGGGCCUGGAGGCGAAUGAAGCUGGGAUUGAGUGCCUUCGGCAUGGGCGGCUUGCUGUUCUCGUUUUGGGCCAUAUAUUUCUUCGGCAAGCCACCGCUCGACGAGGAGGGAAACGUGGCCGACGAUGAGUUUAGCAAAUUGCCGGAAAUCCAACAGUAUAUCGGUCGAACCUGGCGGACGGUGAAUAGGUUUACGCAGUUCAUACAAGAGCCUUCGAGUCAGAAGCUACUGCCAGACGAACUGCUGGCGCCCUACGUGCAGCCGCCCUAUACCUUGGUGCUCGAGGUCAAGGAUGUCCUCAUACACCCUGACUGGACAUACAAGACGGGCUGGCGCUUCAAGAAGCGUCCCGGCGUGGACCUGUUCCUCAGCGAGUGUGCCAAGUACUUUGAGAUCGUCAUCUACACGGCGGAGCAGGGAAUUACUGUGUUUCCGCUGCUCGACGCCCUCGAUCCAAACGGCUACAUAAUGUACCGUCUAGUGCGCGACUCUACACACUUUGUGGAUGGCCACCACGUUAAGAACCUGGACAAUCUUAACCGCGAUCUGAAGCGUGUGGUAGUCGUGGACUGGGACAAGAACUCAACGAAGCUGCAUCCGAAGAACACAUUCUCGAUACCCCGAUGGUCCGGCAACGACGACGACACGGCGUUGUUCGAUCUGGUCUCGUUUCUGACUGUUCUCGGCAUCAGUGAGAUCGAGGACGUUCGCGAGGUGCUGCAGUACUACAGCCAGUUCAAGGAUCCCGUGGCCAAGUUCCGUGAAAACCAGCAAAAACUCAGCGAGAAAAUGAUGGCCGAAGAGUUGAAAAAGUCCAGCAAGCCGCAGCCGAUGGUCCGAAACUGGACGCGUCGUUUUUUCAAUAGUUAAAGAUAAUUGAUUUUUAAAUUCCUGUUGCUUUGUUGUUAAUAAUAAUUA